UCUUGACGAUCAUUGUUUUUCUUUCUAAAAAGAUAUUUAUGAUGAAAUCGUUUGAAAACUCAGGAUCUUUCCAUGGAAGAGAAAAUCGAGUACCACAGUCGAACUUCCGUCUUCCUUUUAUUUUCUAUAAACCCCCUGUAAUAUUUAAUUUCUCCUCUCGCACCGAUCGAGAAACUGGUGCAAGUUCGCUCAGCUGAUUUCUACUAGGUUAUGUAUAUAGUGCAGGUUGUCUUUCACUUGCUCUUUAAAGUCGCUCUUUCUGAACGACUUGGAGACUAGAACGCACCUUUGUUUACGUUAAACUACGGAAUAUGUGGCUGGGGGACUUGAAGAGAAUUUAAGACUAGAGAAAUUGUGCCGGCCCCAACAAAUUAAAAGAAAAGGAAAAACGCGGUUGGACCGUACAUUAAUUUUAUCGUUGGCAAGUAAUGGCGAUGCGUCAGGUUCUCAGAAAAUUAUGGAAAGGUAUUGGGCCCACGAUGUAUACGUCGGGUAUGCUGUUUGUCCAUUGCGCCUCGGCCGACAAGCCUGGUGAAAGCGACAAGUUGAAGCUGGCACCGCCGGACAUCAGUAAACUGACCUACGAGUAUGCGAUAAGGCAAUCCGCGUUGGAUGCUGCUAACAGCGCGACUCAGGUGUUAACUGUCACCUACAUGGCUAUAGUAGACCUGAGUGCUGAGUACAGAACGUUGCUGAACGACCUCAUUUCCCUCCUGGAGGAAACCACAAUGCACAAUGUGAGCGACGCGCACUGGGACCUGAUCGUGGAAGUACGGAACGAAAUGCAAGAGAGGAGGGAGAAGAUCACGCGCUUAGCUACGUAUAUGGAGUAUGCGCACAAAAUGGCAGCAGCUAGCGCGGAGCUAUGUUACAUGUGCGGGAUGGAUAGUCUGACUGGCACGCUUCAGCAGAGGAUAGAGGACGCGUUGAACAGGGUGAAAGUGGAAGCUAAUAGCAACGCGGAACUGGAACGAGCGUACCGGCACAUACAGGAACGGUGCAUCCAAGGCAGUAAAGAAACUACGGAGAAGUGAUAAACUUUUGUAGGGAAAGUUCUGACGGUUCAUUUUUACUGUAAGAAAGAUUUGUAUCGCAACGAUGUUUAUAUUGAUAAACGACUUUCUUCGCGUCUCUAUCGA